GGCCUCCCUCUGCUCUUCUCUCCGCUCCGUAUCUGUCCCCGCGGCCCCUCUGCCCAAUGAAACUGGCUGCGAUGAUCAAGAAGAUGUGUCCGAGCGACUCGGAGCUGAGUAUCCCGGCCAAGAACUGCUACCGCAUGGUCAUCCUCGGCUCGUCCAAGGUGGGCAAGACGGCCAUCGUGUCGCGUUUCCUCACCGGCCGCUUCGAGGAUGCCUACACGCCCACCAUCGAGGAUUUCCACCGCAAGUUCUACUCCAUACGAGGCGAGGUCUAUCAGCUAGAUAUCCUGGACACGUCUGGCAACCACCCGUUCCCCGCCAUGCGGCGCCUCUCCAUCCUCACAGGAGACGUUUUCAUCCUGGUGUUCAGCUUGGACAACCGUGACUCCUUCGAGGAGGUGCAAAGGCUCAAACAGCAGAUCCUGGACACCAAGUCUUGUCUCAAGAACAAAACCAAGGAGAACGUGGACGUGCCCCUGGUCAUCUGCGGUAACAAGGGGGACAGGGACUUCUACCGCGAGGUUGAGCAGCGCGAGAUCGAGCAGCUGGUGGGCAACGACCCCCAGCGCUGCGCCUACUUCGAGAUCUCCGCCAAGAAGAACAGCAGCCUGGACCAGAUGUUCCGUGCGCUCUUCGCCAUGGCCAAGCUGCCGAGCGAAAUGAGCCCGGACCUGCACCGCAAGGUGUCGGUACAGUACUGCGACGUGCUGCACAAGAAAGCUCUGCGGAACAAGAAGCUAUUGAGGGCCGGCAGCGGCGGCGGCGGCGACCCAGGCGACGCCUUUGGUAUCGUGGCACCUUUCGCGCGCAGACCCAGCGUGCACAGCGACCUCAUGUACAUCCGUGAGAAGGCCAGCGGCGGCAGCCAGGCCAAGGACAAGGAGCGCUGCGUCAUCAGCUAGGAGCCUCUGCCUCGCCGGCGACAUAACCCUAGGAGGACCUUUUUUGUUAAGUCAAAUCCAAAGCUCUGGCCCGCCCCGUGCACUCCGGGCCGCGAGCGCGCGCGGACUGGCGUCUUCCCUCCCUGCGAUCCGGCCCCGCGUACUGGGGAGGCGCCACGGAACCGAGAAGGGACGGUCAUCUGUUUUGGAAGGAAAGAGAACUGGCUAAUACUGGGACUCCCCCAUCUCUGAUCCCCCCAUUAGCGUCCCACCCCCACAAAGUGGGGGACUUGGGCCCAACAGAAUGGGGACUUGGCGUUUUUCUCAGAGACCUGAGAAUGAGAGUGGGGAGGGGGUGUGAAGUCCAUCAGCCACUGUUAGGCUUCAAGUAGCCACUCUGCGGGUUGAGGGCCAGGACCAACCGGGCAUUAUCUUGUGUGUGAUUUGGCCUUGCUAUGGCAACUGACAGACGCUCUGCCUUCUGGAAACUGACGGGAGUGUGGGUCAAAUCGUAGCCAAGUGAAUUGUUUACAUGUGUGUAUGUGUGGAAUUGCACAAAGGAAAAACAAAACAUAAAACUUGCACUUUACUAGUUCUGGUGUAGACAUGGACAUGAACAAAAUCUCCAAAUGUUUUUACUGUGU